CUACUUUGGGGUCAAACCAAAGGUUGAGAACAUGGCUGUCUUAAUCUGCCAUUCUGUAGGAUUACUUUGUCUUGGUCUGUUGUUAAAAGCUGCGUCAUCGCUGGAAUGCUUUAUUUGUUCAAGCAACGAAUCCUUUCAAGGCUGUGACAUAGCACGAAUUCAAGAAACUUGCCAGCCACGAACAAGAUGCGCUAAGCUCUCUUUCCAACUUCUGGAGGCACGCAGAUACAGGAAAGGUUGUCUAUCUUUGACAUACUGCAGGAAUCCUGAUCGAUACUGUCAGAGUAUUGUUGAUGCAUCAGAUUGUGAGACAUCCUGCUGUUCCAAAGACCUCUGUAACUCUGAGCGUAUCCUGACGUCACGCAAAGUCAAUAGUUUUUCUCUGUUGUUGUGUACAUUGGUUGUAAUGGCUGAGUCUCACUAAACCCAAACCCUAUCAAUGUAGUGAUAUUAUAGUCCAGUAUUAGAUUCAUUUUGUGAAAAAGGGAACAUUUCAGUGCUCACUCCAUAGGUGGACCGGCAAUCGAACCCAGACCAUGCCGUGAUUAAAGUGACGCCAUCCCUUCUUUAUCAGGACAGGACCUUUAGGGAUAUUGACAAGGAACUUUGUAGUUCUUUUUCUUGUCCCUCUUUAUUUUGUCUCCUCAUUUGAGGAAGUUCAAGUUACACUCGAGAGGAUUACUGGGAGUUCAAGGACCACACUAAUACGUUUACGUUUCGAAACGCAUACAGUGGAACCCCGUUAGUCCGGUCACCAACGGGCCACAAAAAGUUGGUCGUAUUA